AUGCCUCUCGCUUUCCAAGUCGCUAACCUCGCCGUCAAGCCACCCAAAGUAGGCGAAAAUGGGUACCAAGGCUUCAACCCACGCAAAGAGACGCUCCCCAAGGGAUACCAGAGUCGAGAAGGCGCCCGCGCGCUCUCUGAGGAUUUGAUCGCAGAGCAUGAUGUCGCCGUCAAAGUCAGAGAUGGAUGCACCUUGUACUGUGACAUCUACCGGCCCUGCAGCAGCGACAGCGGUGCCAAGGUGCCCGCCAUUGUUGCAUGGAGUCCUUUUGGCAAGAAGCACACUGGCAUUGACAUGAUGUCAAAGGUAAAAUGGGGCUGCGGUGUGCCCAAGGGUUGUCUCAGCGGCCUGGAGCGUUUCGAGGGACCUGACCCCGCGGAAUACUGCCCUAGGGGUUUCGCCAUUGUCAACGUGGAUGCGCGUGGUGCGGGCGACUCGGAUGGAGAUAUCGUGAUUAUGGGAAAGCAGGAAGGCGAGGACGGCCAUGAUGUCAUCGAGCAACUUGCAAAGAUGGACUGGUGCAACGGUUCCGUUGGACUUGCUGGAAACUCACAUCUCGGUAUUGUUCAGUGGUUCAUUGCUGCAACCCAGCCCCCGUCCCUGAAGGCCAUUGCGCCCUGGGAAGCUUGCGGCGACCUCUACCGCGAACAGUUUGUGCGCGGCGGUGCGUGGGAUAACGGGCUGUUUGACUUUAUCACUGAACAUGUGAUUCGCGGCAAGAAUGGCCUCGAGGACUUCAAGGAGAUGUAUCGACGCUCCUCGACCAUGGACCCAUACUGGGAAGAUAAGCGGGCGGAAAUUUCCAAGAUCAACAUCCCAACAUACGUUGUUGCUUCUUAUUCAAGCUUCGUUCACACCAUGGGCUCAAUAAGGGGAUGGAUGCAAGUCAACACCAAGGACAAAUGGCUCCGCUGGGAUGCAUACCAAGAAUGGUAUGACCUUUGGGCCGUGCAGGAAUCCAUCGAUGAGCUCGCUUCCUUCUUCGACCGCUACCUGAAGAACGAGAACAACGACUGGGAGAAGACACCGCGUGUGCGCAUGGCAUCUCUCCAGUACGGCGACAAAGAAGCAAUCCACCCCAUUGUCGAAGAGGACUUCCCCAUACCACGAACCGACUACCGCACACUAUACUUUGGCAGCGACAACAGCCUGCAACCAUCACCACCCGCACAAACCAGCUUCCUAUCAUACAACUCAGAAAGCAAUACUUCACCAGUCGCACAUGCAGCCUUCACCAUGAAGUUCGACAAGCCGACACGUCUCAUGGGACUCCCAAAAGCCGUCCUCUACAUGUCGUGCCCCGACUUCAACGACAUGAUCGUCUACGUCUUAAUCCGGAAGCUGGACGCCCAAGGCAAACCCAUGGUUGCCAUCAACAUCCCCUGGUCCGCCGCACCCUACACCAAAGCCGCCGACAUCCCCGAAUCCGACUACAGCAACCUGAUGAUAUACUACGGCCCAACGGGUAUCCUGCGCGCCUCGCACCGCAAGACAGACCCAUCCAAAGCACUGCACCCACAGUACCCCUUCCACACGCACGACGAGGUGCAAAAGAUCCCCGCUGGCGACAUUGUCAAGCUGGAAAUCGGCCUCUGGGCCAUGGGCGUCGACUUCGAGGCUGGCGAGGGCAUCAGCGUCCAGGUGAGCGGCGAGUAUCCGCUCGUACAGGAAUUCGGGCCCCGCAAGAAGGUCGAGCUGGAGGAGAGGAAUAAGGGCACACAUCGUGUGCAUUUUGGAGCCGACUAUCCCAGUCAUGUUGUGCUGCCUUUUGUGUAG